AUGCGUGACGACAACGACCCAUCCUGCGAUACUGCCGACCCGGUUCCUUAUGAUGGAACAGAAGUUGCGGGCCGAUCGAGUUUGUACGUAGGUACUAGUAGCGACCAAGAUGUGUAUCUACUGAGACACCUGCCGUUUGACGAGAGGGCUAGCUUUGGCCACCGAAACUGGCGGGUGUGGAAGAUCCUUGCUGACGAGAAGACACCGGCCUACUUCACGUCGUAUCCAAACACACUGCUCGAUGUCGAUUCUGGGCUGUAUGAUCUGGAAGCAGUCGACGCCUUGGUCAGUCCGCAUCAGUCGCAGCUUUUGACUCUCUACUAUGCAUAUAUCCACCCCAGCCUGCCCAUCUUAGGCAGUAGGCCGCACUUGGAGGCUGCAAUCGCAUCGAGAACGGUCCCCACGUCUUUGGCAGCAGCCGUAUACUGCUCCGCGAUGGAAUUCGCGAAAGAGACUCCGGUCCUCCAAGAAAUGGCAGAAAAGGCAAUACAACCGCUGCGUGAUAUUGCGUUUGCUAGGAUGAUACUGGAAACGAGAACCCCGUCGCUUCAAACCAUACAGGCCAUGUUGCUGUACAUGCAGUUACCGCCUCUGCGGGUUCGAGAACCUAAUCAUCCUGGUUUCUGGACACUGACAUCCCAGCUCGUGGGUCUUGCCCAAGAAACAGGUCUACAUGUAGACCCUACGGAAUGGAAUAUCUGCUCGGUGGAGCGGCGAAAGCGCCGUGUCCUAUGGUGGGCCGUAUACAUGCACGAUAAAUGGCUGGCCCACUGGCUGGGACGGCCUAGUCAUAUCGACGACAGACAGUUUAGCGUUUCUCCGUUGGGCAUUGAAGACUUUAGUGAACUGCUCUCACCACCCGUAGACGAGCGCCUCUCCCAUUUGGUCACGUCCUUCGUGAUGCUUUCGAGAUUGACCAUCUGCUUGUCGAGCGUUCUCGACAACUUCUACACCAUUCGCCAUGGACCGAGCGAUAUGCCCCCUGAAGAGGCUCUGUCACGUGCUAGCAUCUGCCAGCAGCAGCUGAAAGGGUGCCUUGAGCAACAAGGAUCUGUCCUUCUGCGCCCAAGUAGAUGCAUCAAUGCUGACCAGCACGCCGUCAAAGAUUACGCUUUCGUCUUUGCAUAUUAUGGCAUCGCAGUUUCCAUCCAACGAGCACUCUUUGCCUGUGUUGGCGGGACUUCUUAUUACGACGUUGGAAAGGAGACAUUUCUUUUUGAAGAUCUGUUUCAAGUCUUUGAGGACUUGCUUCAAUACCAAAACAUCGAUGGACUUUGGCUAAGUUACACCAAAUCCAACAUUGCUAUUAUAGUCAUUGGCAAUAUGUCUCCUCAUAAGGUUGAGUACGAGCAGGCUCACUACCCGUGCCCUUUACUCGAAGAAAAGUACUCAAAGUUAAAACAGGCCCUUGUCAAGCCAGAAAACCGGGAGCGACUGGUCGAGUCGUACCAACGACUGACCAAGGCUCUGGCAGUCGAGGCAGAGAGGAUUGCCACACUUGGUCCCAAAGCCAUCCCAGAGAUCGCCUUUGCUGACAUUGAGACCAAUGGCGACCGCCUUCCCGAUGGUUUGGCCGAGACUGUGCGGCAAACAGGUUGCUUGAUCAUCCGUGGGGUAGUGCCUGAAAAGCAAGCCUCGGACUGGGAAGAAGAGCUUCGAUCAUACACCAAGAAGCACCCCAGGGUCGCGGGAUUCCCGAAGCAUGACCCUCAAAACUUCAGUCUCUUCUGGACACGACCUCAGGUCCAGAUACGCAGCCAUCCACGAGUACUCAAGGCCAUGGAGGCCAUGAGCAAGCUAUGGCAUGUGAGCAAAGAUGGCGCUCUUUUCGACAUGUCUAGCCAGGCCGCGUACGCCGACAGGUUUCGCAUCCGUCACCCAUCGCCUAUCUGUUUCCAAGACGAGGAGUAUUCUCUCAAUGCUCAUCAAGACAGUGGUGCUAUCGAGCGUUGGGAGGAUCCAGCCUAUCGGGCAUGUUACCAGGAGGUCUUCGAAGGCCGCUGGGAAGACCACGAUCCGUGGAACGCAGACCACCGAUCAGAUGCGAAGACAGACUUGUAUGCGACCGGAAUGUCAAACUCUGUCUUCCGCUCGUUUCAAGGCUGGCUUAGCCUCUCGCACACCGGCACUGGCGAGGGCACCCUCCGCCUGCUCCCAGAGCUCAAGCUUACUACAGCCUACCAGCUCCUGCGCCCCUUCUUCAUCCUGGACGAAACGUUCGACGACAUGACGCCCCUCUUCCCCGGUGCGACGCCGGGUUCGCUGCAGUUUUACCCGACGCGGGAGCUUCACCCGCACCUCGCAAUGGAGAAGAGCAUGGUCGGCAUCCCUCCCGUCAGGCCCGGCGACUACGUCUUCUGGCACUGCGACGUCGUGCACGAGGUCGACAAGUUCCACCCGGGCGAGCGCGACUCGUCGGUCGUGUACAACGGCUGCGCGCCGCUGUGCCCCUACAACCUCGAGAACAUGAUGGACAUGCGCCGCGCCUUCCUCGAGGUCGGCAUCCCGCGAGAUUACGUCAAGUAUGAGCACGGCGAGCUGGAGAGGGAGCACGCAGACCACGGCGCGAGGCGCGAGAAUGUGCUGUCACUGGCGGGUUUGCGUGCGCUGGGCCUGGAGCCGUUUGACGAGGACGAAGAGGGGCUGGGGUCGGGCCAGAGGGAGAUGAGGAGGAUGGCUAAUGAAAGGCUUGGGUUCUUUAGUGCUGGUGCGCAGGGUUAG